UACUUGCCAGUCUAAAGUUCAUUUAAGGGCUGGAAAGGAAAGUGCAAGCAGCAGGCUGCAAAAUGAAGAGUCUCUCUUUUCUGCUCCUUUCCUCACAGUUCCUCGCUGUUUCGAUCGCCGUGUACAAACAAUGGAUUCCCAACACCAAUUUUGAAAAUGCUUCCAACUGGGACAAAGACAGAAUCCCCUGUGCCAAUGAUGUGGUCCUUUUUAAGGAUAACAAGGUCAUCUCGGUCUUUGUUCAGUCAACCCAUUCUCUGAAAGACGUGUACCUUCCUCUGAAUGGAGAAUUCAUUAUGGCAUCUGGUGCAGGAUUUGAAGCUUUUGAUGGCAGCUUAGACCCAGGAUGUGACACAGGGUCAGAAGUCAUGUUCACUGAUGCUGAGGAGUACAAGUGGCAUGACCCAGCACUGUGGCAUGCUGCCUCCUCCCUGGAGGACCUAGAGCAAGGCAAAUACCUCUUCUCAGUGGAUGAAGAACGUGUCCCGUGCCAGCACGAUGAUGUUAUCUUUCAACCUGAAACCUCCUUCCGAGUAAACAUCGACUCCUCAGAGCAAAUGAUUCAUCUCCAGAGUAUCUCGAUAAUGGGCCAGAAGUUCACCAGCAACGAAGCCCUGGCUGAGUACAUGCAAAGCGGCUCUGCCAAGCUGCAGUUUCAUGGCAACGGGACCUUCCAGGUGCUGAACGACGGGUGUGCAGACAAAUCCGGCUGUGACUGUGGGAAUGCCAAGGAACGUCAGCGGAUCUGUGGAGCUUUGCUUGGUGACUCUGGGGAUCGGUGCCCAGCGCUGGAGUGUAAGAACCCUCUGCAGCCGGUGGGGCAUUGCUGUACAAUAUGUGGAGCCACUAUUUCACUGGAAUACACUCCACAGUUUGACAUUGGGCAGUAUCGGAACAGACUUCUUCACGCCUUCCUGACCCUGCCCAAAUAUGCAGGUGUGCAGAUGGCCAUAUCCAAGGUGCAGAAAGGGCAGAGCUUUCUGGGACUUGUACCACGGGGCUCAGUUCCAGUCAUCCAGAUUGUGCUAAUUGAUGAUAAAGCUGGGUCAUGGAUGGGGACUAAUGCUGAACAGCUGGCUGAGGACAUCAUGAGUGACAUAGCAGAGCACGGUGCAUCCUUUGGCAUUGUGAUGGAUAAUGUACAAGUAGCUACUUCGAGCAUGCUAGGAGGUCACAGUGUGGAUGGCCGUACGAUUGUGGAGGCUGUUUUUGGUCUGCUUCUUGGUCUGCUGGUGUUUGGAGUAAUGCUGCUUCUCUGUAGGAAAGGCACCAUAAGAUUACCAACCAUUCACUUGGCUCUGCUGCAAAACAGAAUGGGGAACCAGGAGCCUGUGGAAGAACCUGGUGACAAAGGGUUUGACAACCCCAUGUUCGAUACGGCAACAAGCAAAAUGGAGUUAUCUGAGGCAUGGUCAACAGAAGAAGUGAUGAAGGAAAUGCCUAAUAAAGAUAGUGGGGUUUAUUUUGUUAACCCUUUAUACGAUGAAACUGAAAUCAGCACAGCCAUGAACUAGCCUGGCCACUGUGAGCCUGGAGCCUGAUUUCACCUGACCUAAAUAUUACCCAUUGUAAAGGGCUAGUCAUGGUGGUCUGUGCCACUGUGGGUACCCACUGAUUCCAAAAUGAGAAUGAUAUUUUGCUAGUUAAUCUAAACCCUUUCUGAAAUGGUAUAAGAGAAACAGGUCACUCCUGUCUCCACAUGUAUGUCCAUUUGGGGUCAAACUGGUAUAAAAGUAUAAGCUUAAGUUCACAUUUUAGCUUAUACCAAAUAUAACUUGGCCAGGCAGACACUGACACUCUUC